CCGCCUUUCCUGGUCAGUGUGAUUGUUUGUUGGCGAUAAAAUCCUAGGGUGAGACACAGUGACAGUUCGCCAGAGCAAAGUGAAGAGGGGCUGCACUUAUUUGUCCGUCUUUUUUUCCUAAAGGUCCACUCUCAGGACAACUGUGAGUAGCUGAAGGCUUCCGAACUUCUGGGGUCUAACAGGACUGGCUAUUUGGGUCAGAUGCUUCACCUGACAACAGGACGUGUGGGGUGCUUGCUUUCCAAGCAAGCGGUGGUGGCACUGACAAGCAGUGGGGCAAGGAUGUCAAGCCAUGGCCACCACGAGGUGUCCGACUCAGUGGACAUGUCACAGCCAAUGUACUGGGAUCGUCUGGACACCCCUCUGCCAGACAGACCAUGGAAGGAUGUCCUCGAUUCUACGGAUAAGAGCCUGAAACAGAAGGAGAAGGGUCCCUGGACUGCGCUGUCCAAGGAGGAGAAAAUCGCCUUGUACAGGCUGAAGUUCAACCACACCUAUCCUGAGAUGAAGAGGCCGUCCCAUGAGUGGAAGACUGUGAUUGGUGGGAUGUUCAUCUUCUUUGGCAUCACUGGUCUGGUGGUCUUUUGGCAGGGACACUAUGUGUACCCACCCCAACCUCAUACCUUUGGUGAGGAGUGGCAGGCUAAGCAGAUCCAGAGGAUGCUGGAUAUGCGGAUCAACCCAAUCGAGGGCUUCUCUGCCCAGUGGGACUACAAGAACAAACAAUGGAAGUAAAGGAAGGGAAUAGACCACUGCCUGAAGGAGGAAUGGUUCGACUUGACACCUUGAGCCUCUGUUCAGCCACCAUAACAGCAAUCCAGCCAUCUGAAUCCAUUCUCUUACUAUUUAAUAAAUAACUAAAAACUG